AUGAAAUGUGCUGACUUUCAACACAAACUCAUGGUGGAAUUCCUCGUUUUGCUUCGAACUUCAUCUUUAAAGAUUUCUUUAACUCGAAAUGAUAUCAUAAUUUUAAGAACUCUACUCUUACAUCCACAAAAGACCAAUGCUGGAUUGUCUAACUUCACCGAUAACGAUAAGAUAGCAACAAGGAAUGGGGGAAACAAUUCAGAUAAGACUAUUAAACAGGGGAACACACUGGCAGCAGCCAGUUCUCUCGAUGAACUCUUAAAACUGUUUGAAACGAUGGAUAUAACCACUCAAGGCUUUGUGUAUCAGAAGAGAAAAUACGUUAUGGAUUUAUGGUAG